UCACGUGGAUGGGAAUAUGCAUGGAAAUGAUAUGCAGAUGAGGUUAUGCAUAGUAAAACUAGGCGUUGUAAGCUCCAUAUAUGGUGAUUUCGAGAGGAGUCAGGGUGGAGAUGCACAUACGCACAUCUUCCCCUGACUGAGAUUUAUAAAGAAAUUUUUUUGCUCAGGUUCUGGCGUACGCAUGGUUUUAUAAAUCUGAAAACUUUUGUGCGUGCGCAAAAUCUAGCUUUUGUGCCUACGUACACUUUUAGGAUGAAAUCUACGGAGAGUUUUAUAAAUGAGACCCCAGAUGUUGGUGCACCUGCAGUCCUUUAAUUCCAUCCCAGAGCACUACACCACCCCCGAAAGCACAAAUGGGGUUCCUCUGUUUUACAUCCCACCUGGAUCCACCGCACCGGUCUUCUCCCUCCAGCACAGUGGCUCUAAAGACUCCAGCCAAUCACAGUUUGCAUCCUACUGGAAGCCUGUCCUGUCCAUGGAUGCCAACUUCUGGCAGUGCUGGCUGCACAUGCAUCGCUGCAUCGCUGUCAUUCUGGAGCAUGACACACCGGUCCCGAAGCACGUGCACAACGCUGGCAGUAUCGGUAGCUUCAGUACCAUCCCGUGUCUUGUUUUUUUCUCUCACUCAGCGCUCACCUCGCUGCUCAGGGACUGGAGCAGUUUGGUCCUGGUGGAGGGAUACUCAUACGUCAGACUUAUUUACAGUGCCUCUGAGUUGCCGCCCGUCUCCUUCUAUCUGGUGCGUCUGAUCUCUAAAGCUCUCUGCAUGGUGCUGCGAUUGGGCUUCCCGAUAGGAGGGUGCCUGGAAGCCACUCAUUGUGUUAUAAUGGCCGUUUGGUUUGACUCUGUCUGUUUUUGGUGUGGUGUCUCCAGUUUCUCCACAGAUGAUGACAGUGACACUGAGGUGGAGGCCAUAGAUGUGGACACAGAGCUGAAUUUGGUGACGGAGUGCUGGGUGGAGCCUCAGAGCGGAGCUGUCUGCAGCUCACUGGAGCAGCAGAGACACUUUCAGAAGCUCACCUACCAGGAGAUCCCUCAGGCUAUUAGUGACAUCAUCGUGACUGACACUUACAUGUGACAUGUCACAGAAAAUAAACAAAAAAAUCUAAAUAUCAUAGAUAAAUACAAUAGAUACCAAGUAAUUAUACCUGUUUUACUAAAUCUGGGA